GCAGGGCCGACGGUGUCGAGCGCUUUUGUACUGGCGUAACGCUGCGCUGCACCAAUACUGGGACGGCACGAACGAGACGGACUGGUACGACGUGCGAGCCAAAGGGGCGGAGCUUCGCUUGCUAUUCGAUCGGCACAAAAGCGGAGCCCCUGCCGGCUGGUAGGCAUCACUUUGCCCGCGUAUCCCAGCCGAAGCAAUCGAAGCUCGAAACAUGGCACCACCGAAAGCAAGCGGAAAGGCCACCAAGAAGUCGCCCGCCGCCGGCAAGGCCCAGAAGAACAUCGUCAAGGGCGAAAAGAAGAAGAAGAAGCCACGCCGAAAGGAAAGCUACGCUAUCUACAUCUACAAGGUGCUGAAACAAGUCCACCCGGACACCGGUGUCUCGUCGAAGGCUAUGAGCAUCAUGAACAGCUUCGUCAACGACAUCUUCGAACGGAUCGCCGCCGAAGCCUCCCGGUUGGCGCACUACAACAAGCGGUCGACGAUCACCUCCCGGGAAAUUCAAACCGCCGUCCGGUUGCUGCUCCCCGGCGAGUUGGCCAAGCAUGCCGUUUCCGAGGGGACCAAGGCCGUCACCAAGUACACAAGCUCGAAGUAGACGAGACAUCGAUCCC